AAAGGAGCAAGCACAGAAUAGGAGAGUUGGGAGUGCUUAAGGGGUGUUUGAGGGGGAGCAGGUAGCAGGUGCUGAUAUUCAAAGCUAACGAUGCUCAAGUACCGCAUCUUGCUGUUGCUGCUUCUGCAGCUCACCCUGUUCCUAGCUCUGUGUCCUUCUUCUUCUCCUAGGCCCGAGCCAAUUGCUAUGCGCAUAAGUUGUGGAUCUCGUGUCAACGUCCAUACACCGCCAACCAAUACCCUCUGGUACAAGGAUUUCGCUUAUACAGGAGGGAGGCCAGCAAAUGCAUCAACAAGAAGUCGCAUAGCUCCUCCACUCCCAACACUUCGCUAUUUCCCUCUCUCUGAUGGCCCAGAAAAUUGCUAUAAUAUCAAUAGAGUACCUAAUGGACACUACUCAGUGAGAAUAUUCUUUGCAUUAGUUGACGAUCCUAAUUUUCAGAAUGAACCUCUAUUUGAUGUUUCAGUUGAAGGAACUCAGAUCUAUUCUUUACCAUCGGGCUGGAGCACCGAAAAUGAGGAAUCAUUUGCAGAGGCCCUUGUAUUUGUUUCAGAUGGUUCUGUAUCCACUUGCUUCCAUAGCACCGGCCAUGGAGAUCCAGCUAUACUUUCAAUAGAAAUUCUUCAAGUGGAUGACAAAGCAUAUUAUUUUGGUCCCCAGUGGGGUGAGGGCUUAAUCCUUAGAACGGCCAAGAGACUAAGCGGUGGUGGUGGGAAGCCUGAGUAUGAUGAAGACUACAGUGGGGAUCACUGGGGUGGGGAUAGAUUCUGGGGUCCAGUUAAUACUUUUGGGCAAGAUUCUGAUCAGGCUAUAUCCACUGAGAAAAGCAUCAAGCAAGCUUCACUUUCACCAAACUAUUACCCUGAGAAGCUUUAUCGGACAGCACUUGUUAGUACUGAUAGUCAGACAAAUUUAUCAUAUAGUAUGGAUGUGGAUCCUACAAGAAACUAUUCAAUUUGGUUGCACUUUGCAGAAAUUGAUCCUAGGAUAAAAGGAGUAGGUCAAAGGGUUUUUGAUAUCCUGAUAAAUGGUGAUAUUGCAUUCAAGGAUGUUGAUAUUAUACAGUUGAGUGGGGACAGUUAUACGGCUCUGGUUCUGAACAAGACUAUUGCUGUUAGUGGGAGGACUUUGACAAUAACCUUACACCCUACAAAAGGAACGAAUGCCAUCAUCAAUGCCAUUGAGGUUUUCGAGGUUAUUCCUGCAGAAUCCAAGACCUUGGCACAAGAAGUUAUGGCUUUGCAGGCAUUGAAGAAUGCCUUGGGGCUUCCUCUUCGUCUGGGCUGGAAUGGUGAUCCGUGUGUUCCCCAACAACAUCCGUGGAGUGGAGUUGACUGCCAAUUUGAUGGGAAAAGCAGCAAAUGGGCCAUCGAUGGACUUGGCCUUGACAACCAAGGUUUGAGGGGCUUCUUUCCGAAUGACAUGUCCCAGCUGCAUCAUCUACAAAGAAUAAACUUGAGUGGAAACAGCAUUCGUGGGGCCAUUCCAUCCUCGCUUGGAACAAUAACUGGCUUGGAAAUACUAGACCUUUCCUACAACUUUUUCAACGGUUCGAUCCCUGAAAGUCUUGGGAGUUUAACAUCAUUACAGAUAUUAAAUCUUAAUAGCAACAAGUUAUCUGGAAGAGUUCCCGCUGCGCUUGGAGGAAAGCUUCUUCACAGAGUUAGCUUCAAUUUUACGAAAAAUGCAGGUCUCUGUGGUAUACCUGGACUACCAACAUGCGGGCCUCACCUGUCUAUUGGAGCAAAGAUAGGCAUAGCAGUAGGAGUACUUGUGGUAUUUCUUCUCAUAGUUGUCAGCUUAAUUAUCUGCUUGAAAAGAAGGCAAAAUAUUCUUCGAUCACAAUCAAUUUCUGCAAGAGAAGCUCCCUAUGCGAAAGCAAGGACCCAUUUUGUGCGUGAUGUGCAAAUGACUAGGCAUGUUUUUGAUCUCUCAAGGACUGCCACUGAGCAUGGGCCUAACUUGCUCUCUUGAUUGACCAAGCAUUACUCUAGAUCCUCCCAAGUCAAUUUUGCUUGCUUCUGAGGACUCAUGUGUUGCUCUUGGAAUCCUAGGUUCACCAGCCAGGUGGUUCUGUAUGUUGUAGAUUGUGAUGUAUAUUUUGCUCAUUCUUUUGUGUUUUCAGUUAUCUGCCAAGAAAUGCAGCUUAGAAUCCUUAGACUAGAAGUCUUUCCUUAUAGAUGGCAGAUGUCGAUUCAAAUUACAGUCUUCAUUCUUCAUGGCUGAUACAGUUCCUGGUG